CAAUGAUGGUCUUGGCACCCGUUUGGUGCUUCAUAUGGCAACAUCAAGUGUUUGGAGGGGCUUGCUAGCUCGUAAAAUAGUCUGUUGACCUGGUAUUCAAGCCAUGACACGGUCAUCACCAGUAACGCAAAGGCACGCCACCUUAAUUGCCUUGUUAUUAUCCAUGAAAACGAUGUGCAUUGGCUUCUCAGCCGGAGUUGCAGAAGACUCCAUCCUGUCUUUUCCUCUUUUCACAUUACCUGCAUUUUCUGCCAUGACUUGGUCUCUUUAAUAGUCACCUCUCUUUCUGUCUUCCCUUCAUCUUUCUUCUGAAAGCCAUGAGACAGUCCCAUUUUUGCCAAAUGGGCCUUCUGAAAAUUUUGCCUCUAGUGAUCUGUUUGGCUUUUUUAAGUGUUUCAACUGCUUGUUCCAAUGGUAGUUGCAGGCUUCUUGAUGAGUGCUCGUCGGAUGGCGAUUGCGAAUCUGGGCUGUAUUGCUUCUCCUGCCCACUUGGAUUCUUGGGUUCGAGAUGUGUUCGGUCAACGAUCACCAACCAAUUCAAGCUAGUGAACAAUUCAUUGCCUUUCAAUAAGUAUGCUUAUCUUACUACUCACAACUCUUAUGCAAUCGAAGGGGAACCAUCUCACACUGGAGUUCCGCGUGUUACCUUCAAUAACCAAGAGGAUUCUGUAACUCAACAAUUAAAUAAUGGUGUUCGAGCCUUAAUGUUGGAUACAUAUGACUUUGAUGAUGAUGUAUGGUUGUGCCAUUCAAAUGGAGGAAAGUGCCAUGACUUUACUGCAUUUGAACCAGCAAUAGAUACAAUGAAGGAGAUUGAAGCCUUUUUGUCAGCAAAUCCAUCUGAGAUUGUCACUGUAAUCUUAGAAGAUUAUGUUAAAGCUCCAAAUGGAUUAACAAAGGUCUUCAAUGAUUCAGGUUUGUUGAAGUAUUGGUUUCCAGUUUCAAGAAUGCCCCAGAAUGGCCAGGACUGGCCUCUGGUUAGUGACAUGGUAGCUAGCAACCAACGUCUCAUUGUCUUCACUUCUGUCAAAUCCAAACAAGAAUUGGAAGGGAUAGCCUACCAAUGGAACUUCAUGGUUGAAAACCAAUAUGGUGAUGAUGGAAUGAAAGCUGGGAGCUGCUUUAAUCGUGCAGAAUCUUCUCCACUUAAUGAGACAAGCAAGUCACUCGUUCUGGUUAACUAUUUUCGAUCAAUACCGGUGAAGUUAACAGCAUGUGUACAGAAUUCAGCAGACCUCAUAGGCAUGCUCAAUACAUGCUAUCAUGCAGCUGCCAACAGAUGGGCCAACUUUGUGGCUGUUGAUUACUACAAGAGAAGCGAAGGAGGAGGAGCAUUUCAAGCAACAGACAUGCUUAAUGGGAGGUUGCUGUGUGGAUGUGACGAUGUCCAUACUUGUGUGCAGCCUGGAUCCACCUCUGGAGCAUGCACUCCUCCAUGAUGGUAAUGGUGGCAACUACUCCUUUACAUGAAAGGAGGGAGCAUGGCUUGCAAAAACAACCCCUUCAUACCGAAUUGUUGUAGCAUAAAAUGAUGCUCAUGUGAAACAUUUCUGUUUUCCUUGUCUUUCAUCACUCUUCUCAUUAUUUCACAAGCAUGACCAAUUGGGCUUGUGAGUGUCAUUUAUCAAUGAUGAAGUGUAUAUGAUGCACAAGAUGUCUCUAUACAAAAAGUGUAGAGCUCUAGCUAGUCACAAUUUCUGAGAGUUGGGUCUAUGCUGAUAUCUCAGUUGGAAGGAUGACAGAUUCACUUGCAAGAAUAUGCAAGGUUUUUAAGGUAAGAACCAUCCAUGCAUUUGAAA